AUGAGUGAGGGUAGAACUGCUGAUCCAAGGGGUAGUAACACUGAAGGAGAUGAGGGAAUGCUAUCUGAUUACAUUGUAUCUGAUGGAGAUGUGGUGUCUGAUUCCACAGAUGAGGAAGGAAGACCUAAGAGAUUGCCUAGAAUCAUGUAUGACCACCGCCAUGUAUUUGGAGGUGCCAAAGAGCAAUGUACUUUUGCUCUUAAAGUGCUUGUUGGUGAGCACACCUGCCUUUUUGACAUUCACAACAAGUUGGCAGAUUACAAGUGGUUAGCAAAGCAAUACAUUGAUGUGUUCAGAUUGAGGCCCUGCAUGCAGGUUCAGGAGAUGGCAUUGGAUGUGAACACUAGAUUCUCUAUACAACCCUCUUUGGGGAGACUGUAUAGGGCAAAAGCUCAUACUUUAGAGUUGUUAAGGGGGUCAGUUAAGAAACACUACAAUUCAUUGAGGUCUUAUAUGUCAGAGUUGAUGAGGGUGGAUAAAGAAGGGAGGUUUGAGCUUCUAUUAGGUGAUGAUUCAGUAUUUAGGGGGCUUUAUAUUGGCUUCAGUGCAUUAAGAAAGGGGUUCAUGGAAGGAUGUAGGAGAAUAAUUGGACUUGAUGGCUGUUUUCUGAAAACCUAUUUGGGUGGACAACUUUUAUGUGCUGUUUCUAAGGAUGGAAACAAUAAGAUGUUUCUAGUAGCCUGGGCUGUUGUAGAGGCAGAAAACGAAGAGUGUUGGAGCUGGUUUCUAAAACUCUUGCUUGAGGAGUUGGGUGUCACAGAUGGUCUAAGGAUCAGCUUCAUAUCUGAUCAACAGAAGGGACUACAAAAUGCAGUGGCAAGUCUUGCACCAUUUGCUGAACAUAAAAAUUGUGCAAGACAUGUCUACUGUAACUGGAAGAAAACACACAAAAGAGCAACACUAAAGAAUCUUUUUUGGAGAGCAGUUCGUGCAUCAUAUCAACAGGAGUUUGACUUAGCUAUGGAAGAGAUUAAAGCUGAGAGUCAAGCAACACACACAGAUUUUAUCAACAGGGAGUACCACAGGUUUUGUAGAUGCUUUAUCUCUACACAUUGUCUAUCUGAUAUGGUUGAUAAUAAUGUCUCUGAGACAUUUAAUGGCUAUAUAAUGAAAGCUGGGGCUAAGCACAUAAUCACCAUGUUAGAAGACAUUAGGGUUGCUUUAAGGGGGAGACAGUACAAAAAGCUGGGAUUGGUGACUGAUUGUAUUGAAAAAAUAUGCCCAAACAUUAGGAAAAAACUUGACAAACUGAGAUAUGAUGCCAGAAUGUACCGAGCUCAUCCUGGUUUAGGGGGCAAAUUUGAAGUAAGUUGUUAUGAUGAUAGGUUUGUGGUUCAGUUGGGUGAAAGGAGUUGUAGUCGUAGGCAGUGGGAUAUCAGUGGGAUACCUUGCAAGCAUGCCAUAACAACCUUGCAUUUUAUGAAGAAGGAACCCACAGAGUAUGUGCAUGAAUGCUACUCUGUGGAGAAAUACUUGAAGGCUUAUGCAGAUGGCUUAGAGCCUAUCAAUGGGGAAACAAUGUGGCCAAAGGGUGUUGGUUAUCCAGUGCAACCUCCAUUGAUCAGGGCUAUGCCAGGAAGGCCAAAAAAGAAGAGGAGAAGAGAUGUAGAUGAGAGGGAUCCAAACAACAACACAAGGCUGAUGGGAUUAGGAUGA